GACUUACAAGAUGGGUGUAAAUAAAUUCACUGACUUGACUCCAGAGGAAUUUAAAAGGCUUAUGCUCCCAAGCCUUAAUACAAAUCAUUCACUGGAAGGUAUCGACUAUAUUUACAAUCCCUCUUCCAAGAAGAACCUUCCAAGUGAAGUUGAUUGGCGUGUUAAGGGUGCUGUUAACCCAGUUAAAGAUCAAGGCCAAUGCGGCUCCUGUUGGGCUUUCUCUGCCGUAGGCUCUCUGGAAAGUCAGUACUUUAUACACAAAGGAAUAAGUGUAUCUCUGUCUGAGCAAAAUCUGAUGGACUGCUCAAGUGACGAUCCCUACGACAACGACGGUUGUGAUGGCGGUUUGCCGAUUGAAGCAUUGAAUUAUGUUAAGGACAAUGGUGGAAUAGAUACAGAAAGUUCUUAUCCGUAUGAAGAAACAGAUGACGAUUGCAGUUAUGAUGAGAACGACGUCGGAGCACAAAUCUCGGGAGUUUCACAAAUUGAAAGUGGAAAUGAAGACGCAUUGGCAGACGCCGUUGCCAAUAAGGGACCCAUCUCGGUGUGUGUCGAUGCCUCCUUCUUCCAAAAUUAUGAAGGUGGCGUCUUAAAUGAACCAUCGUGCACUCAAGAUACAAACCAUGCUGUAGUUAUUAUUGGCUAUGGCACUGAUCCAGACGAUGGAGAUUAUUGGUUGGUGAGGAACUCUUGGGGCGAGGAUUGGGGUGAAGACGGAUACAUUCGAAUGGCUCGCAAUUGUGACAAUCAAUGCGGUAUUGCCAAUUCAGCCAUUUAUCCAAUAGUUUAAAGAACACUAUAUUAUUAUAUUCACUUAUUUGUAAAUAAAUUAUAUAAUUUAACAUUUCCAGCACUCUGUAUUGUAAUUUUGCAUUAAAACUUCGGCUUCCAAUAUGUUCAAAACGAGAGUAUUAAGAGAGAUUUACUCCUUUGAAAGCAAUAAUGAAUACAAUUACACUAGCUAAUCGACAAUUCGUUCUAACGUAUGUUAAUUUUGCCAAUAAUUUUAGUUUUAGUCACUCAGAUAGUUAAUUGAGGGAGAAUCAAUUUAAUUUACGAGAAUCAAAUCAUUUUGAAUGUAUGUAUAUUGAACGUUAUCUA